CAUACUUGACGCAGUUCAUUGCGUGCAUAUUGUUAAAGAGAACUCUAGUGAAAACAAGCUGAUUUGCCUGAGCGUACCUUUAGUAGCAGAAAAUGUCGCAGUAUUCAUUCUUUGUACUGGUGGUCUCACUCACUCUUGACCUGGUGGUAUGUGAUCGGCCUAUAUACAACAUAGCCCAUAUGGUUAACGCAGUCAAACAGAUUGACCCGUGGUUAGGGUACGGAGCAAACGCGCUCGAAGCUGAUGUGGCCUUCUCUGAAUAUGGUACACCUGAGUACACUUACCAUGGAAUACCUUGCGAUGCGGGGCGAGAUUGUUUACGCUGGGCUUACAUUGGAAAUUUCAUCACGGCCCUUAGAGCCAGAACAAGGCCUUAUGGUCCGAGAUUCAACCGCAAUCUUGUCUUGGUUAUGUUCGAUUGUAAGCUAAACGAUUUAGCCCAAAACAUGUUACCAAUUGCCGGGUGGAAAUUUGCAAAUAUUAUUCUCAAGCGAUUGUAUCGAAACAAUCGAACCAAGAUGAAAGUGAUUGUCAGCGUGCAAAACUUAUCGCAAAAAGAAUUUAUCCGCUCUGUGAUAACGAGCCUUCAGAACAACCCGGAGAUUCUCGCGAACGUUGGCUGGGAAAUUAGCUGGGAUAACGAGAAAGAACCGCAGGAGCUAGAACAAGGACUAAAAGAAGUUGGAGUUCAACCUGGUCAUGCCUGGCUCAGUAGUGGAAUCACUAACUUUGCUGCAGGUUUGAAAUUGGACGAACUUAAAAAAGAAGUUGAAUACAGAGAUAGCGGGAAUUUCUUCAGCAAGGUGUACGCAUGGACCUUGGACAAGCAGUCGACGGCAAUGAAGUAUCUUGAAAUCCAUUUGGAUGGUGUUAUCGCAAACUACCCAAGUCGAGUGAACAAAGCGAUUGAGCAAUAUAACAAGGAGAGAGGCUACAUAUACGGAGUAGAUAAAGUCAGACUCGCGACUUUGAACGACAAUCCAUUUCAACGUUUUUAAUUAACCGAUCUUUAUAGCAAGCUUAAGCAAACCGCCGUUAUUUGACGUCAUGCAUGAACGUCACGACGGUAACUUUAGAAAACCUGUAGUGAUAUAACUUGUUUGUAGUAUUGCAGUCUGCAACGAAAUAAAUUUGAGCUAGCUUACACAUGCGGUAAUAUGA